ACACUGAGGAUUAUUACUAUGGACAUGGUGCUGCUGUGCAUAGUCGUUCUUUUCUGUGUGUGCCAUCAGAGCUUAACGGCUGUGUUGCACAUGCAUGCUGAGCCAAGAAACCUGUUUGCAGAAAGAGCCUGUUGCAGACGUCAGAGUCACUUUAUGUACAUCGGACAAGAUAUUACAGGCAGUCCAGUGAACGUGGACGUGGGCAUGUGCCGAACACACUGUGGCCAAUCACGACCUUCAUCCUUCGAGGCUGGGAUGCAAAGCUACUCUAGACAUUCUUCCAUGCUGGACUUACUGAGAGACAAAAUGUUGCGCACUCAAGCUGCCCCUUCUCCUGAGCUUGUGGACUUUGGUAGAAGUGCUCCAUCAUGUGGUGUGAGCUCAACCUGUGAGCCCACCGGCCUGCGCGUGGACAGAGUGAUGCUGAUGGAAGGGGUGAAGGAGCUGGAGAUCAUCGAAGACUGUCACUGCGAGCCUAAAGUCACCCAGUGUCUCCGUGCACCCUCGCUCAGAACGUACUUCUUUGAAACACCCUAUGAGACGGUCAUCGAUGUUGGAAAGUGUGUGGGCUCGAAAGGGGAACAUGAGGGCUUUUCCUGUGUGCCUACCAAGUUCGACUCUGCCCUUGUGGACACUCCGAACAAAAUGGAGCUAAUUCAGACAGUGGCGGGGUGUGAUAUGAAGGAGGGCUGCUACAGAAUCCCUUAUGUGGAAUAUCAUUACGAGAUCACGCACAGUGAAGACGGCCAUAAGGAAGAGAAACUGAAGGAAAUAGAUGUGGGUAGAUGUUUGGGAAGCUGCACCUCAGGAAACCGCUGUCUUCUCAGGAGUGGAUCAGAUUCUGCAGAAUGUCUGCUGUGGGCAGAGGGACAAGGAAGUGCAUGUGUUCCACAGGGAUACGAGAGCCACACGUUUCUCAAUCAGCACGGACAAAUCCGCACCGUUCUGGCCAUCACUUCCUGUCUCUGCCAGUCUUAG